AUGCCAGCUCCAAGGCCUGGUAGCCUUGUCUCUUUGCCGGAUGGCGCCCUUGGUCAGUUGCAGUACAUCUCCGGCUCCAAUGGCAACGUAGUCCUCCUGGACGGAUCACUGGCGUCCGGACCCGUCGCCUGCGCGGAAACCCGGAAGCCGCUACAGGGGGGCACUGACCUCGCCUUCGACGUUGUCCUGGGGCCACGGACCAGUGAUUCGGUGCUUGGCGCCGAGAUCUCUACAUGCCUUUUCGAGAAGGGCUUCUGCGUCCUAAAGCUCUGUCAGCAGUCCGGGGAAAGAGAUCAGGCCAUCCAGGCCAUGCAGGAUCUGGCAGAGGAGGGCCGGCUAGGGCGGCUCCCAGAGGAGCUGGAGGAAGGCUACCUGGGCCUCGGGGGCCGGGGCCGGGUUCUGUGGCUGGACCCAGAUGCUCGCACCCAAACUCACGAAGCUCUCCUGGCAGCAGACCAGAACCUUUCCUACCUUGCCUCGGUCUUGGCACCUUUUAGCGGCGACGUCUUCGAGAAGCCCCUUCGGGAGCGCACGCCUGCAUUGCUCAGCCUGUCCCUGGACGAGGAGGAGCCAGAGCCGCAGAAGUGUGACUUCCUCUCCAUGUGGCGCCGAGGCCUAGUACGGGCCUGGCAUUUCCUCGGCCCAAGCGCAGUGGCCUUGGAGCUGGAAACACGAGAAGGUGCUGAGGCUGCAGCGCUGCCUGUGCAGCAGGAGGUUAUCCGCCUCACAGCAGAUCCUGGGACACUACUGCUUUACCGGCCCGAGUGCUUCGUGCUUUCGUCAACAGUACAGGGGGAGAAAGGAGAGAGCCUGAUCAUGACUGCCGCCUUCCUUUCCGAACAGCCUCGCUGGUUCGUCAGUGCCUCCAAAGACUUCGACCCAAGCACCUGGCUCUGCCUGGGCGGCGCGCUGGCGCCCAGCGGCCCGCCGCCACCGGAAGGACAUGGCAUCCACGUCAUGCACACGGCCGCACGCCUCCCGGCGCAGUGGGACGAACCGGAAAUGUACAACACAGGGCUAAAUGCGGGUACUGACGCCGUCAUCGAGAUCCCGAUCACUCGAUUUGACGUCAACUUCUAUUUUACUGACAACCCUGACGAGAUCACAGUCAUCAACCCAAAGAUGAACCAGAGGCACACGUCCUUCGUUGAUGGCAUCGAGCUAUUUGACAAUAAGUAUUUUGAAAUCUCCAACAACGAAGCCAAUGGCAUGGAUCCACUGCAGAGGCAGGUCUUGGAGGUUGGCGGAGCCUUGCUGCAGCAGAUGGGAAUCUCCAAGAAGGUGUCCAACAAGCGGUCUCACCAUGUUGGCGUCUCUGUGGGCGUGGACAAGGCAGACUUCCCCACGCUGGGCAUCCUCACUGGCGCCAACAACGCUCUGGCCAUUAUUGCCAACCGCUUCAGCUUUGUCUUCAACUUAAAGGGCCCAAACUACAUUUGUGACACUGCAUGCUCCGCUUCCCUGACAGCCACUCACCUCGCCAAGCAGCUCUUGCUGGACCGUGUUUGGGACGUCUUGGAUUUCCACGUGGCCACCGGAACUCACCUUUGCCUCUCCCCGGGGCCCUGGGUGGGCUGCGCUCUGGGGCACAUGACCUCACCACAGGGACGUUGCUUCACUUUUGACAGCUCCGCGAGCGGAUACCUACGCGGCGAGGGCACCUCAGGCAUGAUCCUGAAGUAUGGGGAGUAUGACUCGAAAGGGUGCGUCUACAGAGCUUCGCAAGUGGGCCAAGAUGGGCGCAGCGCAAGCUUGACGGCCCCAAACGGCCCGGCACAGGAAGAGAUCAUUGGCCGUGCUAUCCGAGAAGCCCGGAUGACGCCACCGGAGUCCACCUGUUGGGAGUGCCAUGGCACAGGCACGUCCUUGGGGGAUCCAAUUGAGAUCGGGGCUGUUCGGAAAAUCCAGCGCAAGGUGCCGCGUAGCGAGCCAUUAAUGAUGUCCAGCAACAAGAGCAACAUUGGUCACUUGGAGGGAGGUGCUGCCAUGGCAGCCAUGGUGAAGUCUGUGCUGAGUGUCCAGCAUGGACAGUGCCUGGCUUCCCUGCAUGUUCGACAGCUGAAUCCUCAUCUCGAGCAUACCACCUUCGACGCUUUCUUCGAAACAGAGCGCUCCUCCUUUGCCUAUGAGCGGGGCCACACGCAGAUCUCCUCUUUCGGGUUCGGAGGGACGAACGGCCACUGCAUUUUCUGGGGGAAGCGUGUUGGUCAGCAGGAUGUUCAGGCACUGCUCCUCAGGCGCAUCGCCAAGAUGUCCCCUGCAGAGAUUCGCCCAGUGGGGAACAAUCCGGCCGGGGAUAUCUACAGCCGCAUUGUGCUCCGACCGGAGGACCCGAUGGACGAGCCCAUCAAGUGGGUCAAGGUGCGUGAUGGCUCUGAGCAGCGCGUGGCCUUGUCUGACUUCUACACGGUGACCGGGAAUUUCAAUUCUUGGCAGCAGGAUACCUUGGUGCCGGGAGUCCCCGGGCACUUCACUAUUGCGGUUUUCGCGCCGGCUGAUGGUGUGUUGGAGUUCCGGUUCCUGAAGAACGGCAGCGAUCAGAUGAUCUUGGCACCAGAAAAAGACAAGUGUGGGGAGAAGCUGGCCCGGGUCCUUGGACCGCAGGAGGGUCUAACAAGCUGCUGGUCUUUGAGUGCGGCACCGAACUCUUGCAUCCGACUGGAGUUGCUGUGCCUCAAGCAUGUCUACUGUGUGUCUUGGAUGCCUGUGUAG